UUGAACGGCCACUAAGUACUGAACAGGGGCCUAAGUAACCUUUAUCUUCUGUUUUCAAACCUAAAUGUAAACACAAUGAAAACAGAUCGUAGUUUUUAUGUUUCUGGUACAAAUUUGUUGGUGUCCUUAGUAUGUUUGAUUGGUUUAUUGCAUGUUGAGUACAAACUGUACAUCAAUGAAUACAUGUGUACUAAACGUGUCCAAACAGCUCGUGACGACAUCGAAACUAAAACGAGAGCAAACAACAAGUACCAAGACAAUAGUCCAAGAGAAGAUGGUCUACCAAGAUAUCGACGAAAUAGCCACCAAAACACCACUUCCAUUGACAGCUUACGACAAAAGAUUCGACAGGAAAUUCAUGCCAUCUUAAAGAAAGAGGUUUGUGCCAAAAACUCAAAAGCUUGUCUUCAGGGACCCAAAGGAAGCAGAGGACGACGGGGCCGACAAGGACCAAUGGGAAGACAAGGAACUAAAGGACUCCGCGGGCCACCAGGUCCGAUGGGAAGACGUGGACCAAGAGGACUUCCUGGACCCCCAGGCAUACAUGGACCUAGGGGACCAAGAGGAGAUGACGGAGGGCUAACCUUGCAAGCCCCUACCAUAUCUGUACCCCCAAAGGACCUUAUUUUGAAUGAGAGUGACACUACAAUAAUGAAAUGUCUUGUGAAAGGCCAUCCAACACCUAAAAUCACGUGGUCAAAGGAUACCUCUCAAUUAGCUUUGAGACGUCACGUGAUUGAUUCCAAUGGUCUGCUGUCAAUCAACAAACUGAGGUUAAAUGACGCAGGGAGGUACACAUGUACAGCUAAAAGUGUUUUGGGUGUGGCAAGGGCGUCGGCUGAUCUCAUAGUACAGGGGCCUCCACGAUUCUCCGUCAAACAGGAAACAACUUUUGCUGAAGAAAAGAGAUCCGCCAUCUUAAAAUGUGAUGUUUCGGGUGUUCCACGCCCUACUAUUUCAUGGACCAAGCUGUUCGGGACACUUCCUGGUGGGCGGUCCACAGUACUUUCCACUGGACAUUUGAGAAUCAGUAAUAUCAUGAAAACAGAUGAUGGUAUUUACACUUGCAAAGCGAAGAAUAUAUUUGGAAGUGAGUCACUUCUUGUUCAGCUGAAAACCCAACCAGCCCUCGUAUUUACUGUACGACCACCAACUCAGUGUGAACAUAUCUUAGGUGAUCAUGUGAUUCUUGAUUGUCAAGCACCUGCUGCCGUAGAAAUAACAUGGAUGAAAGACAACCAAUCCUUAAAGGGAUCUAUCCAUUCUAACGGCAGCCUCAUUAUUCCUGGAAUUUCCAUGAAAGACGCUGGGAAUUAUGUUUGCAUUGCUAGAAACUUCCAUCGAUCUAUCAAAUCAGCAACAAAGGUAGAGGUCAAUCGACAUUUCAAGUCCUGCAGUCAGAUGAAAAAGAAAUCGAAAAAAACACCAUCUGGUGACUACGUCAUUGACCCUGAUGGCCAAUCAGAGCAGAAGCCAUUCUCUGUGUAUUGUGACAUGUCUGACAAGGGAGGCGUAGGGGUGACUUUUGUCGGCCAUGAUAGUGAGAUCAGGACUCUUGUUGACAACUGUCCAGAUAGAGCAGGAUCUUGUGCAAUUAAUGUUUUCUACGAUGGAGUAUCGAUGGCACAAUUGGCGAAACUGACACAAAUAUCCGCCCACUGUGAGCAGUUUAUCAAAUUUGAAUGCAAAAAUGACGUCCAGUUUAUUGGAGAAAGUUACGCUUGGUGGGUGUCACGUGAUGGUAUACGUCAGGAGUACUGGGGCGGGGCGACACCAGGAAGUGGUAAAUGUGCCUGUGGUAUGACCAACACUUGCGAAAAUUCAAAAGGAUGUAAUUGUAACAAUGUUGGAAGUUCAGGUAAAUGGUUUUCUGACAGCGGUCUGCUGACUGACAAGUCCACUCUACCCGUGGCUCAGAUGAGGUUUGGCGACACUGAUGAUAGCCGUGAACAAGGUUACCACACCCUGGGAAAACUCAAGUGCUAUGGUCAGACGUUACUGAACAGGGGCCUAAGUAACCUUUAUCUUCUGUUUUCAAACCUAAAUGUAAACACAAUGAAAACAGAUCGUAGUUUUUAUGUUUCUGGUACAAAUUUGUUGGUGUCCUUAGUAUGUUUGAUUGGUUUAUUGCAUGUUGAGUACAAACUGUACAUCAAUGAAUACAUGUGUACUAAACGUGUCCAAACAGCUCGUGACGACAUCGAAACUAAAACGAGAGCAAACAACAAGUACCAAGACAAUAGUCCAAGAGAAGAUGGUCUACCAAGAUAUCGACGAAAUAGCCACCAAAACACCACUUCCAUUGACAGCUUACGACAAAAGAUUCGACAGGAAAUUCAUGCCAUCUUAAAGAAAGAGGUUUGUGCCAAAAACUCAAAAGCUUGUCUUCAGGGACCCAAAGGAAGCAGAGGACGACGGGGCCGACAAGGACCAAUGGGAAGACAAGGAACUAAAGGACUCCGCGGGCCACCAGGUCCGAUGGGAAGACGUGGACCAAGAGGACUUCCUGGACCCCCAGGCAUACAUGGACCUAGGGGACCAAGAGGAGAUGACGGAGGGCUAACCUUGCAAGCCCCUACCAUAUCUGUACCCCCAAAGGACCUUAUUUUGAAUGAGAGUGACACUACAAUAAUGAAAUGUCUUGUGAAAGGCCAUCCAACACCUAAAAUCACGUGGUCAAAGGAUACCUCUCAAUUAGCUUUGAGACGUCACGUGAUUGAUUCCAAUGGUCUGCUGUCAAUCAACAAACUGAGGUUAAAUGACGCAGGGAGGUACACAUGUACAGCUAAAAGUGUUUUGGGUGUGGCAAGGGCGUCGGCUGAUCUCAUAGUACAGGGGCCUCCACGAUUCUCCGUCAAACAGGAAACAACUUUUGCUGAAGAAAAGAGAUCCGCCAUCUUAAAAUGUGAUGUUUCGGGUGUUCCACGCCCUACUAUUUCAUGGACCAAGCUGUUCGGGACACUUCCUGGUGGGCGGUCCACAGUACUUUCCACUGGACAUUUGAGAAUCAGUAAUAUCAUGAAAACAGAUGAUGGUAUUUACACUUGCAAAGCGAAGAAUAUAUUUGGAAGUGAGUCACUUCUUGUUCAGCUGAAAACCCAACCAGCCCUCGUAUUUACUGUACGACCACCAACUCAGUGUGAACAUAUCUUAGGUGAUCAUGUGAUUCUUGAUUGUCAAGCACCUGCUGCCGUAGAAAUAACAUGGAUGAAAGACAACCAAUCCUUAAAGGGAUCUAUCCAUUCUAACGGCAGCCUCAUUAUUCCUGGAAUUUCCAUGAAAGACGCUGGGAAUUAUGUUUGCAUUGCUAGAAACUUCCAUCGAUCUAUCAAAUCAGCAACAAAGGUAGAGGUCAAUCGACAUUUCAAGUCCUGCAGUCAGAUGAAAAAGAAAUCGAAAAAAACACCAUCUGGUGACUACGUCAUUGACCCUGAUGGCCAAUCAGAGCAGAAGCCAUUCUCUGUGUAUUGUGACAUGUCUGACAAGGGAGGCGUAGGGGUGACUUUUGUCGGCCAUGAUAGUGAGAUCAGGACUCUUGUUGACAACUGUCCAGAUAGAGCAGGAUCUUGUGCAAUUAAUGUUUUCUACGAUGGAGUAUCGAUGGCACAAUUGGCGAAACUGACACAAAUAUCCGCCCACUGUGAGCAGUUUAUCAAAUUUGAAUGCAAAAAUGACGUCCAGUUUAUUGGAGAAAGUUACGCUUGGUGGGUGUCACGUGAUGGUAUACGUCAGGAGUACUGGGGCGGGGCGACACCAGGAAGUGGUAAAUGUGCCUGUGGUAUGACCAACACUUGCGAAAAUUCAAAAGGAUGUAAUUGUAACAAUGUUGGAAGUUCAGGUAAAUGGUUUUCUGACAGCGGUCUGCUGACUGACAAGUCCACUCUACCCGUGGCUCAGAUGAGGUUUGGCGACACUGAUGAUAGCCGUGAACAAGGUUACCACACCCUGGGAAAACUCAAGUGCUAUGGUCAGACGUAAACGCUGUGACUAGGUUUAAGUUAUCAAACCAGUCUAUGCAAGGUUUUGUGAAACCUUUUAGAUCAAUCUCCUUAUCAUAAAAGCCACUCGGCAACCGUAGAAUAACGCCACAAUUCGCCAUUGAAUUGUUUUAAGAGAAAAAUUUUAUUUACAUUUCCUGCAAUGCUUAUUGUUAGUUUAAUUAAAAAAAAUUAUCUUACUUUAAUUUAUCAUAUACGAUUGAUAUUGCCAACCUAUUUCUGUCWAUCAAGUKUAAUAUUAUAACAUUUGAUAAUAGCUGACAACAAUGCGUGAAUGGUUAACGAUCACGUGCCUGUCACGUGCUAGUUGAUAACAAUUGUAGUGGUUUGUUUGCUAAAUAGAUCAAGGGUUACGUUGCUAAGGAAAGCAGGGAUUGAGUUCAUUCUUCUCAGAUAUGUCUCAAUGUGUUCUCUGACUUGCGAUGAAAAAUCUGUUUCUAAAAGCAUCAUUUCUCCUUUGUUGCUACUCUGAAAAUAAAAAUUAUAAAUAC